AUGCGUCCACCGAUGGGAAAGACACCGGAAACGGAAAGAUGUUUUCAAAAGCUGUUUAUAGACUUUUUAGGUCCUUACCCUAGAUCGAAGUCUGGAAAUGUUGAACCCGUUAAGAAGUUCACCACUGAUGUGGUUACCAAGUAUCUGGAGCAGAAGAUUUUUCAUGUAUUUGGAACGCCUGAAACCAUUGUUUCAGAUAAUGGGUCCCAAUUUAAGUCGAGUAAUUUUUCCAAAUUUCUUUCAAGUUUCGGAAUCCGUCAUGUUUUUACGGCUGUUCAUUCGCCCCAAUCGAAUGCCUCUGAGCGGGUCAACCGUUCAGUUCUGUCCGCAAUAAGGGCUUACUUGAAACACGAUCAAAGUAAUUGGGAUGAGUACCUCAGCAGCAUCGCUUGCUCUUUACGUUCUUCGAUACACACUUCGAUAGGCACUACACCUUACUUUAUGGCUUUCGGUCAACACAUGGUAACUCAUGGGCAUACCUAUUCUUUGCUCAGAAAACUGGAGAUGCUAGAAGACAGGGCUAUUAAAUUUGAUCGUGGAGAUAACUUCGAUAUAAUCAGAGAUAGAGCUUCUAAAAAUAUGGAGAAACGGCGGCAGCAGAAUGAACGAUACUUAAACAAAAGGCAGUCAGGUCUGGAGGUGAUCAACAGUCCGCAUAGGGUUCUUUAUGUGAGCAUGUCGGUGUGA